AUGGCACAAUUCAUACCUCGUACCGCGUUCCCCCAACAACUUUCUCUCCCUCGAUCGUACUACCUAGGCCAUCAUGCAUCCGGUCUCUCGCGAAUGAAAACCAUGCUCUCAUCCAUCGACCUUAUUAUAGAAUGUCGAGAUUACAGAGUCCCUCUCACAUCCCGUAAUCCGUUAUUUGAACAAUCACUCGCGGGAAGGGAAAGAGUCAUCGUGUAUACGAAACGGGAUUUAGGGUACCAAGGUUUAGCUGUGGAUAAAAAGAGAGAAGCAAUUAUAAAAGAUUGGCAUAAGCCCUCCUCCACUCUCUUCUCAAAUCACAAAUCCAAAUCCGAUAUCCACACUAUUCUUUCGCUCUGCAAAGAACAUGGUCUUGCGCACCAGUCCCUAACCGGUUCUCGAAUUCUUGUAGUGGGCAUGCCUAAUGUCGGAAAAUCUUCUUUGUUAAAUGCUCUACGCAUGGCUGGUGUAAAUAGAGGCAAAGCAGCAUUUACAGGUGCUCAACCCGGUAUCACAAGAAAAAUCGCAUCAGGUGUCAAAAUAGUCGAUCCGGACCCGGAAGCAGGAACAGAGGGUGUCUAUUUAGUAGAUACUCCCGGUGUGUUUGUCCCUUUCGUACCGGAUACUGAUAGUAUGUUGAAACUGGCAUUGGUGGGAAGUGUCAAGGAUACGAUCAUUGCGCCAACGACAUUAGCGGAUUAUUUACUCUUUCAUAUCAAUUUAAAAGUAGGAGGGAGCGUGUACAAAGAAUACUGCGAGGAAACAAAUGAUAUCGUACAGUUUCUAGAGGCGGUUUGUAGGAAAACGGGGCGGUUAGGGAAGGGAGGGGUGCCGGAUGUAGAGGCUGCAGCACUUUGGGUCAUUCAGAGGUGGAGACAGGGAAAUCUGGGGAAAUUCGUACUAGAUGAGGUGGAGGUUGAUGGUUUGGAGAAGAAAGUUAUGGAGGAGGUUAGGAUGAGUGUUAGUCAAGCAAGGAAACAAGCGAAGGAUACCCAGAGGAUGAGGGCGAAGACAAGGAGAGCGGAGUCAAUGGGUUGA